AUGGUUAGUCUCGAUCCCAUCAACGCCAAGUUCGCAGCCGCAAUCGAUGGCCUGCCUGCUCCUCAUCAAUUGGGAGGCCCAGGCAAGGCAUUUGAGAAUCUGGAGGAAUUGCAGCGCCAUGAACCAGCGAAUGAUAUUGCCACGCAGGUGAUCAAGGUCGAGGGCAAGUAUGGCCCGACAUCUGUGACGCUGUUUAGAUCAAAGGCUUUGGUUGACAAGCCACUUCCAAUGAUCUUCUACACCCAUGGUGGCGGCUGGGUCAUGGGGAGUGCCAAAUCCUUUGCCGUGCUAGUCGAGGACUUGGCCCGGCGAACUGGAGCUGCUGUCAUCUUUCCGGACUACACGCUUGCACCGCAUCAAACGUUUCCAUUCCCGUUUGAGCAGAGCUAUGAAGUUCUCGAGUACAUGAUUCGUCAUGGAAAAGAGUAUAACCUCCUGGUCAAGACUAUUGCUCUGGCUGGUGAUAGUGUCGGAGGACACAUGGCCAUUGCAAUGAUGCAAAUGUCGUUGCAAAGACAACUGCCCGCCACAAUCAGUCAGAUAGUUCUCUGGGCUCCUGUGACCGUUACCCACAAGAAGUAUCCAUCUUACACCACGUUCAAGGACGGGCCUUUCCUACCAGAAGCCACAAUGGACUGGAUGAUCGACACCUUCAUACCAAGCAAGAGUGACAGAGAGACAGCACUGGCUUCUCCUCUAACACACCUCCCAGACGAUGUCUUGUCUAAGUUCCCUCCAACCAUUAUCUUUCUGUCGACUGUUGACCCCCUAGUUGACGAGGGCGUCGCAUUCGGUCAGCGGCUACAGGGGCUUGGGGUUGACGCAUCUGUCAUCAAGGCCGAAGGGCAGAUGCACGCCUUCUGUCUUGUGACGGCGUUGCGGGAUGGCCCAACAGCUCAGGCAGUGUUGGAAUUAGCGGCGUUGAGGCUACGAAAGAUAUUUCCAGAUUCAGCAUAA